GUAUUCAACGGCACUACAUAAUCGCAACAGCUGCACUUUGUCAACUGCCAUCUCUACAUAAUCUUCACCGAAGUCCUACUGUACUCAGCACGCAAAUCAGAAUCUUUUACAGAGAAGCUGAUCUUCCGAAAACCGUUGCUUUCGACCUUGGUCAGAAUUCCUUUUCUGCCUUCCCCGACCGCAUCGAAAUUAGGCAACAUCACCAGGAUCUUGAAACACAAACAUCGCCGCGUCCUCGUUCCAGCGUCUGCAUCAGAUCUCCCUGUCCAGAAAUUCUUCCAUCUCUUCAAACUCGGGGAAAAUGCGCUUCUCGAUCCCGCUUCUGCUCUCCUCUGCGGCUUGCGCCCUUGCACUAUCUGCGCCUCAGAAGCCGGUGGUGAUCUCAUAUCCUGCAGAUACUCCUCCAUCGGUAAUUGAGAAUGCAAUUAAAGAAAUUGAGAAAGAUGGCGGCAUCAUUACACAUGAAUAUUCCUUGAUCAAAGGAUUCGCCGCCAAGGUGGCUGAGGCUACCCUCGACAAGAUUUCUGCCUUGGGCGAAGAAUUUGCGCCCUAUAUCGAAGAAGAUGUCAUUGUUCGCAUUGACGGUUCAACCGACUCAAAGGACGAGUGAGCUUGCUGUUGGAAAAGAAAGAAAUGACUACAAUUUUCAGUUGUGAUGACUUGUUGAUACGGUCUUAUGUACAGGAUUCUUCGCAGGGAGUUUUAUGGCAUGCGAGGGUCUGGAUUGAUAGGCAUUAAGAGGCUAAUGCCGUACAUAGUAUGAAUGAGAACCACGUACAGCUGCCUCGGAUUCUGAAUACUUGCUUUCAACAAUGUAGCGGUGUCUCAACUUCUC